GGAAUAUCAAACAGAUGAUUAAAUUGACUCAAGAACAUAUAGAGGCACUGCUAGACAAAUUUGGAGGAGAGCAUAACCCACCAUCGAUAUAUUUAGAGGCCUACGAAGAGUACACCAGCAAGCUUGAUGCUCUACAGCAGAGAGAACAGCAGUUACUGGAGUCCAUGGGGAAUGGAACUGAUUUCUCUGUCUCCAGUUCAGCUUCAACAGACACAGUUGCAUCAUCUUCCUCCUCUAGCCUCUCUGUAGCACCUUCAUCCCUUUCAGUUUAUCAAAACCCUGCUGAUAUGUCACGGAAUAACCCCAAGUCUCCACAGAAGCCUAUUGUUAGAGUCUUCCUGCCCAACAAGCAAAGGACUGUGGUUCCAGCAAGAUGUGGAGUGACAGUCCGAGACAGCCUAAAGAAAGCACUGAUGAUGAGAGGUCUUAUUCCAGAAUGCUGUGCCGUUUACAGAAUACAAGAUGGAGAGAAGAAGCCAAUUGGCUGGGACACAGACAUUUCCUGGCUCACGGGAGAGGAGCUGCAUGUGGAAGUCUUGGAGAAUGUGCCACUCACGACACACAAUUUCGUACGAAAAACGUUCUUCACGUUAGCGUUCUGCGACUUCUGUCGAAAGCUGCUUUUCCAGGGGUUCCGGUGCCAGACGUGUGGCUACAAAUUUCACCAGCGCUGUAGUACAGAAGUGCCACUGAUGUGUGUUAAUUAUGACCAACUUGAUUUGCUGUUUGUCUCCAAGUUCUUUGAACAUCACCCCAUACCACCGGAGGAGGCCUCCUUAGGAGAGACCACCCCAGCAUCUGGAUCGUACCCCUCAGUGCCCCCCUCAGAUUCUGUUGGACCACCAAUUCUCCCUAGUCCUUCUCCUUCAAAAUCCAUUCCAAUCCCACAGCCCCUCCGACCAGCAGAUGAAGACCAUCGGAAUCAGUUUGGGCAACGCGACCGAUCCUCUUCAGCUCCCAAUGUCCACAUCAAUACAAUUGAGCCAGUCAAUAUUGAUGAAUUGAUUAGAGACCAGGGUUUACGAGGAGAGGGAGGCUCAACCACAGGUUUGUCUGCAACACCUCCCGCCUCUUUGCCUGGGUCACUAACCAAUGUGAAAGCGUUACAGAAAUCACCAGGACCCCAGCGGGAAAGGAAAUCAUCCUCAUCCUCAGAAGACAGAAAUAGAAUGAAAACUCUUGGUCGACGGGAUUCAAGUGACGAUUGGGAGAUACCAGAUGGACAGAUCACAGUUGGACAAAGAAUAGGAUCUGGAUCAUUUGGAACAGUCUACAAAGGAAAGUGGCAUGGUGAUGUGGCAGUGAAGAUGUUGAAUGUUACGGCACCCACACCUCAGCAGUUACAGGCUUUCAAAAAUGAAGUAGGAGUGCUCAGGAAAACACGACAUGUGAAUAUCCUGCUUUUCAUGGGUUAUUCAACAAAACCCCAGUUGGCUAUUGUUACACAAUGGUGUGAAGGGUCCAGCUUGUAUCACCAUCUACACAUCAUUGAGACCAAAUUUGAAAUGAUCAAGCUAAUUGAUAUUGCACGACAGACUGCACAAGGCAUGGAUUAUUUGCAUGCCAAGUCAAUCAUCCACAGAGACCUCAAGAGUAAUAACAUAUUUCUUCAUGAAGACCUCACAGUAAAAAUAGGUGAUUUUGGUCUAGCUACAGUGAAAUCACGAUGGAGUGGAUCCCAACAGUUUGAACAGUUGUCUGGAUCUAUUCUAUGGAUGGCACCAGAAGUUAUUAGGAUGCAAGAUAAAAACCCAUAUAGCUUUCAGUCGGAUGUGUAUGCAUUUGGGAUUGUUCUUUAUGAAUUGAUGACUGGACAGUUACCAUACUCAAACAUCAACAACAGGGAUCAGAUAAUUUUUAUGGUGGGACGAGGAUAUCUAUCUCCAGACCUCAGCAAAGUACGGAGCAACUGUCCAAAAGCUAUGAAGAGACUAAUGGCAGAAUGCUUAAAAAAGAAGAGAGAUGAGAGACCCCUUUUUCCACAGAUUCUUGCCUCCAUUGAGCUUCUGGCCCGGUCAUUGCCAAAAAUUCACCGCAGUGCAUCUGAGCCCUCAUUAAACCGGGCUGGCUUCCAGACAGAGGAUUUUAGUCUAUAUGCUUGUGCUUCUCCAAAAACACCCAUCCAAGCAGGGGGAUACGGAGAAUUUGCAGCGUUCAAGUAGCCACAGCACCAUGGCAGCACCCACUCUGUUAUUUAAGUCUUGUGUUCCUACAGUUUCUUAACAU